CAACUCAAACAAACUAAAUUGGUUAAAUAACACAAAACAAUGGUAAAAGCAACAAAAAGUGCAUCAGAAAAGGACACUGUGAAGAAGGGUCUAUCGGCUCAGACGAGUAUAGUUACUUCCUACCCUUCUGGAAAACUUGUUGAUAAAGAAGCCGACCAACUAACUGAAGAACAAAUUGCCGAAUUCAAAGAGGCUUUCUCCCUCUUUGACAAAGACGGUGAUGGGACAAUUACAACUAAAGAGCUGGGCACUGUUAUGAGGUCCCUUGGUCAGAAUCCCACAGAAGCAGAACUGCAGGAUAUGAUCAAUGAAGUCGAUGCUGAUGGCAAUGGAACAAUCGAUUUCCCCGAAUUUCUGACCAUGAUGGCCAGAAAAAUGAAAGAUACAGACAGUGAGGAGGAGAUUCGAGAAGCAUUUAGAGUAUUCGAUAAAGACGGCAACGGAUUCAUCUCGGCAGCUGAGCUCCGGCAUGUUAUGACAAAUCUCGGGGAGAAACUCACAGAUGAAGAAGUCGAUGAAAUGAUCCGUGAAGCGGAUAUUGAUGGUGAUGGCCAGGUGAACUACGAAGAAUUUGUAACCAUGAUGACAUCGAAGUGAAUUGUUUCUGCAAUGUUCAAGUUAUGCGAAAUGCAAUUCUGCUUUCCAAGUGAGAAAAAACCACUCAACCUGGCAAGAGCCUAACCACAAUUGACAUUCAGUGGGCUUUGAUGUUUUCAGUGGUAUCUAUAAGUGAAUGCAACGUUCUAACAUAAAAAUAUCUGUGUAAAUUUUUGUAAAAAAAAGUAAUUUAGACAACCAUUAUUAUAUAUGUGGUAUUUAUCUUAAUUUAUAUAAUACAAGCAUUUUUUUUGUCUUUAGUUUUUCUGUUUUUAUUUUGUUUUACUCUUCUUUUUUCUGUAUUUUUUUUGUUUUUUGUAGUCACAAAUGAAAAUAAUUACCGUUUUAGAUAGUUAAAAAAAAGAAAACUUCACAGUUUUCCCCAAUCUUUACACUUAGUGAAUAUAGAUAACCUUUUCACACAUUCCUGACCAUCACGUAAUUUUUUUUUUUUUUUUGGCAAAAUUGUAUUCUUAAAAGACAUUAAAGCGUUUUCUUGUUUUUAAUUAUUUUUUUAAAUUAUUAUUUUUUUCUUUUUUAACCAUUUUUGUUAGAUUAUAACCUAUUCUCCUUAGGCGUAGAGAACAAAUGCCCAAUUCGUUGCGCUGUACAAAUAUAUACAACAAAUGUGAUUUUUAUGUCCUUUUGUUUUAUUAUUUAAUUAUUUGUGAAUUAUAGAGCAUACAAUAUUCACUUUAAAAAUUCUAUAACAUUGUAUUCAUAUAGAUAUAUCAAAUUAUAAUACACAAAUAAUUACAAGUAAUUCACUUGAGUAGGACUCCAUUACAAGGAAAAAAAUUAUAAAAAAUAUAUGUCUUCUCAAAUAUAAACUACUAAUUAGUAAGUUAAAACUAUCUCGGUGUUGUAUUUUAUAAAAUGUUUACUGUGGCGAAUAUAACAAUUUAACUAUAUAAAUAAACUUUAACUAUUAUUUAAAUUAUGUGCCUCCAAGUGUAAAACUGUGUGCUCAUAGUAUUUAGUGUGAAUACGAAUGACUUCAAAAUAUUGUACUGAUAUAAACUACUUUCUUUAAGGACAAAAUUACCUUGGAUUAAAUAAAAUUAAGCAAUGGACAAUUUUAUUUAGUAUGUCGGUGAAACUCACCAAUAAUUAUUAGGUAAAUAUAUUAGUUAACCUAAGGUAGAGUAGAGGUAUUACUAAAGCACGUUCUUUUUAAAUUUAUCAGAAUAUGUCUCUACUAUAAAAAAAAGGAUUAUUAUUUCUCCUGUAAGCGUUGUGGAAAAACUGUACUCAUAUAACAGCAAAAAAUCUUAAUUUUAAAACAACUAAUAUUCCAAAUACUGUAAUUACGAUGUUAAAUAUCAAUUAAACUUUCUUCGUUAAUUUUUAA